GAGAGGUGCGGUGAACGGAAUCACAUCGUAGGGGGAUAAUAACGUGACACAACCCCAGCAGUUCAGAUAUUCCGCUGUGCGACAGGUUUAACACUUGCUUUCCUUUCCGGACCAACUUUCACCAAGUAGGUGGGAACCUGGUGACCCACUGCACGCCCCGAGUCGGCGUGACAAGUUCGGAGAGUGGGGGAUUCGCAUCACUAUUUUUAAAUGGGUACAGUGAAAUUUUGGGGGGCGUGGACCGUAGAGGAGCGGCAGUGAGCAUGUUGGCUCUUGGCUGCAGUUCCAGUGUAGUGAUGUGCCGGCUGGAGGAACCGGACUACGCGUAGACUGUGCGGUUGGACGCUGAACUGUGCGGUCGCCGUCAAACGUCUGCGGCGGACUUUGUGUCAUUUUUUUAAAGCUCGUUUGACUUUAUUUGGAUUUAUUUCUUCAACGCGUUGCCGUUCGGCAUUACGAAGGACUUACAGGAAGGAGGAUAAGCCGUGAGAACGCUUCUGUUUUUUGAAGACGCAGCAGUUGCCGUGCGUAACGGACGAAAUCUGAUCGAGCAGCUAUUUGAAUGACAAUAGUUUGAGGGAACUGCUUCCCUGUUUGUUUAAUGAAGGUGAAUUAUUGGAACUGAGUGCGCAUUUUAAGUCAGGCAGUGAGAAAAAUUGAUGUUUAAAUGACAUUUGGGAUUUGAAAGCGAAGUGAAACCGAAGUGAUCUUCAUUUGUAAAUAUUGACAGGUGUUACAGUCACACCGACUGUGUCAGGCUCAGCCGUUCAUUCACUCACGGAUCUGUCGUAAUGUCUUAAAACGCCGCGGACUAAACCUAUGGCAUGGAUGUUCCAAAAAUUGUUUAAUCCAGUUAUCUUUACUCACCCAGUGCUCGGCGAAAGCACAUAUUGUUAUUGUUAUUGUUAACAAGCUUAUAAUGCGUUUGAAACGCCGAACGGGAAAGUAGCCGUCACUUUUGUGUCCUCUUGUAGUUGUAGCCUAUCUGGCAAGAGCCAAAAUGACAAGCAACGGACCUGUCAUCGUCUACGAGUGGCUUAAGACCCUUCAGCUUGCCCAGUAUGUCGAGUCCUUUGUGGAUAAUGGGUAUGACGACCUGGAGGUUUGCAAACAAAUAGGAGACCCUGACCUGGAUGCCAUCGGCGUCUACAUCCCUCACCAUAGGCAGAGGAUUCACGACGCGGUGAGGAGGCUGAAAGAGGAAGCCCAAGAGACGGCCAGUGGACUGUACUUCACCCUGGAGCCGGUGCCACCCGCAGCAGAGAUCUAUACCAGUCACAUGGUGGACCAGUAUGAGUCCAAACUGCGGGGAUCCAGGUCGUGGACGGAGCCCAACAGUGACCGGAUUGGGCGCAACGGUGGGUAUAUGGGCGCGCAGAGGAACCUGACGCUGGGCAACAGGAGAGAGCUGGUGAUUUACCCCAAGCUGAAGCUGAAGAUCAUGAUCAGAGAUAAGCUUAUCAGAGAUGGCAUCAACCUCGCCAAGCCGCCCUACUCUAAUAAGGAUGGUUCUCUGGGUAACAUAGACGACCUUGCCCAGGAGUACUCUGAGUACUACAACACCUGCUUCAGUGACGUCAGUGACCGCAUGGAGGAGCUACGCAGACGACGGGUCUCCCAAGAGCUCGACAUGGAGAAACAUGACCCAAACAGCACAUCCUUGCAGCUCCGUACUGAGAUCCAGGAGUCAUUAGGCUUCAGCAGUGAGGUGUCCACUCCAGAAACAGACAGAAAAAUGCCCCUGCACAAAUCCAGUUCUGAGGACGGAUCUGGAGGUAAAUGGGACAAUAAGAAGAAGAAUAAAUCUUUCUGGCAGAACUUCCGCAAGUCUCAGCACAAACCUGUUAUGCGUCAGACAUCCAAAGGAGAAGACAUUGGCUAUGUGGCCAGUGAGAUCACUAUGAGCGAUGAAGAGCGAAUCCAGCUAAUGAUGAUGGUGAAAGAGAAGAUGAUCACCGUUGAGGAAGCUCUAGCCAGGCUGAAGGAGUAUGAGCGCAGCAGACAGUCCAGCAGUACUGACACUGCAGAGUGGACUGACGGAUCUGCAGCCAAUCUAAACCAGUCCUCAAACUGCAACUCUCGCGAACAGUCAGACGAUGAGCAGUCAGAAGACUCUGUGAAGUUCAAGCGGCUUCACAAGCUGGUCAACUCUACUCGCCGGGUCAGGAAAAAGCUCAUCAAGGUUGAAGAGGGCAGAAAACAUGGCUCUGAAGAUUUUCUGAAUUUGGAAGCUCCUCCGACCUGCGAGGACAACACAGCUCUGUAUACAGGGGUUCUUAAGAAGCCCCCUUUGCCCCAGGAAAUAUCUCUGCCCUCCCUCACCCAGGAUCAACUCUCUCUAGAUGGAGACACAGACAGUCUGACCAACUCCCCUUCCUCCAGCAGCCUCGAUACCUGGUCCGGACACAAGCUGGUCAAAACCUUCAGUAAAUCUUCCAGUACCCACGGCCUCAUCCGGCCCCCUAGGAAAACCCCAGUUGGCUCUGGGGGCCUCGGAGGCUCCAUCGCUGGCGUGGGAGGUAGUGGCUCUUCCUUCUCAGAGCUGGAUGGCUGUGGAUUGGACGACGAAGGAAAACUGUCACGCUCAACAACCGACGGCGAGAUGCGGAAGGCCUUGAGCUCCAUCUCCCAUGGGAGAACGUGCAGCUUCGGAGGCUUUGACCUGUCCAAUCGCUCGCUCCAUGUGGUCAGCACAGGCUCGGAGGCUAAUAAUAAAGAACAGGAGGCUAUAUACAGAGAAGUGGUCAAAUCCCCCACUACUUCUAGGAUCUCUCUGGGCAAGAAGGUCAAGUCGGUGAAGGAGACGAUGAGGAAACGCAUGUCAAAGAAGUACAGCAGCUCCUUGUCUGAGCAGUCCAGUCCGGAUGGAGCCCCUGGCUCCCCUCAGUCCCCUCAGCCUGACACAGAUUCUCUGGAGAAACCGAAGCUUAAGGCCGGAGGCUCGGUGGAAAGCCUGCGUAGUUCACUCAGCGGACAGAGUUCAAUGAGUGGUCAGACGGUGAGCACUACUGACUCGUCAGCCAGUAACAGAGAAAGUGUGAAGUCAGAGGAUGGUGAUGACGAAGAGCCGCCUUAUAGAGGACCUUUCUGUGGCCGUGCCCGAGUCCAUACGGACUUCACCCCCAGCCCUUACGACACGGACUCCCUCAAGCUGAAGCGCGGCGAUGUGAUUGACAUCAUCAGUAAGCCGCCGAUGGGGACGUGGAUGGGCCUGCUGAACAACAAAGUGGGCACCUUCAAGUUCAUCUAUGUGGACGUGCUGAGUGAAGAAGAGGAGAAGCCCAAAAGGCCCGUGCGGAGAAGGAGGAAGGGUCGACCACCCAAACCCAAAUCAGUGGAGGAGCUGCUGGAGCGCAUCAACCUCAAGGAGCACAUGCCCACUUUCCUGUUCAACGGCUACGAGGACCUUGAUACGUUCAAGCUGCUGGAAGAAGAGGACCUGGAUGAGCUGAACAUCAGAGAUCCUCAGCAUCGAGCCGUACUGCUCACCGCUGUAGAGCUGCUACAGGAGUAUGACAGCAGCAGCGAUCCAGAGCGCAGCGGCCUGUCGGGCUCCCAGGAGAAGCUGCUGUCUGAGGGUCGGGGCCUGGUGGGAGAUUCCCCGCGAGACUCCGGAUGCUACGAGAGCAAUGAGAACCUGGAGAAUGGAAAAAGCAGAAAGACUUCCCGUUCCAGCCGUUCUUCAGCAGGGCUCCAGUCUCCAGACUACCCGACCCUGCCCAUGACCCUUUCAACAGAGGCUCUGCAACAGAACAGCAAAAACCAGCGUACGAAGUUCCCAAAAAGCUUCUUCAUCAAACCUUCUCUGAAGGGUUUCAACCUGCUGGGGCUGCGCAAAGCCCAGAGACAGUCCCCCAUCCCAGUCAGCCGCAGCUGUGAGGACCUGGAUGGGCCCCCACAGCUCACUGGACCCUGGAAACGCUCCCACUCUCUAGGAGAUCUGCAAUGGGAGCAGAACCAUGAGCAGAAGCAUCUGGGUGUGGAUCUUAAACUCACCAAGGAAGGACCCAAAUCAGGCAGCAGUAGCCCUGCCAAGGUCUGUAGAGAUGAGGGCUCUCCAGUUCAGAAUGGGACUCCAGCAGUGAGCCCAAAAAGAAGGGCUGAUAGACCACCUGUGCCCUCCCAGCUGCCUCUCCUCCCUCCUUGUCGCACAACCCAGUCCCCCAACCCUCCAGAGCCCCUCUCCAGUCCUACUCCAAGCCCCCCUGAGUCUAAUGCAAGUGGGGAGAGGGUCAUUCGGACUCACCCUAAAAAGCCUCCAGUCCCUCCUCCUGUUCCAGCCAAGAAGUCUAAGGAAAGACUAGCUAACGGCCUACGUCAUCCUCCUCUCUCCCAGCCCUCCUCGCCAUCUCCCACUCCCUCCCCUACCCAUUCCCUCACUCGUUCUCAUCCUAGUAGCCCUAUAUUCCGCAGCAGCAGCAGCCCCAGUCCCAGUGCCCCUGCUCUACCCGCCAAGACCCCAAGCACCCCCACCAGUCCCUGUGCCACCUCAUCUGCCUCAUCCAUGGGUGAGGAAUCAGGCACUCCACCAGCCGUGCAGCCACCAUGGCUCUCAGAUCUCGGAGGUAAAGUGGCUGUUUCAAGGAAGGUUUCUCAUACCAAGAUGAGUCCUGACCUGCUUACUCUCCUGGAACAACGACUGGAAGCUGAGGGCAUCGAUCUUACAGAGGAGCCCUAUUCUGACAAGCACGGUCGUUGUGGCAUCCCUCAGCCGCUGGUGCAGCGUUACUCCGAGGACUUGGAGCAGCCCGUCAAGGACGUGGCGUCCACCAUGGACCAGCUCAGAGUCAAAGAGCUCCGUAAACAACACCGCAUGGCUAUCCCUUCUGGAGGUUUGACAGAGAUGUGCCGGAAGCCUCUGCCCUCAGGUAACAUCAGCACAGUUUCUGAUUGGCUCACCUCCAUCGGCCUGCCCAUGUACACCACGUCUCUGGCGGCGGCGGGAAUUGACACACUCAGUCGUGUGGCCUUGUUAACAGAGAGCAGCGUGUGGGAAGCUGGCGUGCGGAAUGAAAGACACGCCCGGCGGCUGGUCAGUGAGGCACGGCUGGUCGGCACACACACAGAGGUGCAGUCCUAACUGUGCUGGAGGAGUCAUAUGAAAUAACAGGUAUUAACUCACUGGUCAGUACCAUCUCAUUUAAACAUGGUCAGUAGGUGGCCAAAGGCUAAUUGGCCACAGGACUCAGUGAUCACCAGAGUGACCGCAGCACUACAGCACUCCAAUACUCCCUGUCUCGCUCGUGUCAAAAAAGAGAGCAGUCCUGCUCUCUGACCUUCUCUCUUCAUCACUCUGUCUUUUCUCAGAUGUUUACGGCAUUGAAGAGUUUCUCUGAAGAGCCAAGAUAAGAUAUCAAUUUCCUUUUUAAGAAAAAAAAACAGACUGUAGACUCACUCUGUGGGAUGGCUUCCACUCUGAAGACACCCCCAAAGUCUAAGAAUAAAUGAAUGGAUCUGCCUUGAAGGAAGAUUGCACACUCUUUUGUAGGAUGGAUGUUUUUUAAAUACAGAAAGGACGGUUUACUUCUUGCGUAUUUCAUAAGUGUUCUUCAUUUUCAUCUUUUGUGGCAAGGCAGCAUCAUCUGAGGGUCUUUAAAGGAAGUAGCUCGGCCAAAGUGAUUUACUUCUCAUACAUUCCCACUUAAGGGUCCGUAACGACGAUGACCGCAUUCGCUCAACAUGUGGACUUUUAAUCAACUAAAUACAGACACCAAACUAUGAAUAACUGUUAGUUUUGAGAUGGCUUAUUUUGUAUCAUGUUUCUGUGUUAUAGCAUAACGCAUAUCUGAAUUAUAAAAUGAUUUAUAUGUUAAAAUUUGUGUUUGCCUUUUGAAUGUCGCAGCCUUAUUUUGAGGCCAGCUCUCAGUCACCGCUAAGCUGAAACAAGCUGAUGCCACACUGUUAUAUUUCAUACUGUACCCUAUCCUUUUUCAUUUCGUAUCUCGGACGCACACCCUGUUUGGUAUGAAUAUGAGUCUUACAGAAAGCUCCUUUUUUACGCCACAAAUCACAAUCAGCUUUCACAGCAACAAAAACAUUCCCCUGUGUAUUCAAGCACAUAUUAAGUUGCCUUACUUACCAAUUAAGUAGAAUAUGUAUAGUACUGACUAUACCAAGACUGAGGCUGAACUGUGCUAAAGGUGCAAGCCUUUUUUGUUUCGAACGUGUCUGAGAAAUAACUGAGAUUUUCUGAACUCGACCAGAUCAUUUCAGUGAUGGACGAGGACCACAAAACCUGCUUUUGACGGGCUGCGGUCUCUGUGCCUGUAAAGCCCAGAUGAUAAACCACAAAACCCCAGUCGCGACGCAGACGUUGUCCCAUGUUUACAUCCCUUUAACAUCCCAGCACAUUGACUGUACAUGUUGCAUGCAGAGGGCCGUGGGACGAGGGAGGAGACAAUAGAAACGUUCCAAAGACACAGCUGACAUCUGGGCUGUCAUACGUGGAAUUUAUUGGAGUGUCUACACUUUGGUUACAGUGUUGAGAAAUUUGAUUUAUAGCUAGAUAAUAAGCUGUUAUGGACAUUUUUAAACACAUUAUACCGGUAGCUUGAAUCAAUGCUGGUCUGAAAUUCUUAAUUGGACUUCUGCCAAACACAUGAGGACUGAUGGUAAGAACAGUAAUUAUAUCAGGUGAAAAGCUGACCUCCAAGUCAGCACAUGACACAAAAUAGUGACAAAUAAAUAAAUCAGGGGAAGCCUGUUAGAAAAACUAUGGGCCAAAAGCUAAACUGUAGACGACCAGUAACUCAUUUCAUUUGUGCAUUCUGCAUGAAUUGGAGCUAACAGAUAUUGCUUGUUUAUGAUUAUUUUCCUCCUAUUUGUAAGUUCUAUCUUUCAUAUUCAGAACUGAAGACCUCCACGGAAUUUCAUAUUUAAAAAAUUGAAGUGUUUUUGCUUAAAUUAGAGGAUUUUUUUUUCCAGUGGGCAUUUGAUAGUUAGAUUUGUUCUCUUCAAUCAAAGUGGUGCUCUGAGAAAGCAAGAAUGGGGGGGGGGGUUGUUUAAAAAAAAAAAAAAGGUGAGACCCAGUGAGUGUUUUGUAAAGAAUGAUGAAAAUACUGACACUGUAAUGCACUUUAGAGGGUAAAUCUAGCUGUUUUGUCGGCAAAUUGGAUACAUUUUUUUUCACAGGUCAAUAACUGGACAUUUGUUGUCAGGUAUUGUAAAGGGUUUCAGUGGGUUAUGCUGGUAUUUACUUUUAGUAUUGAGUUCCCAGUGCCAAGUUUAAUAACAAUAUUCACGGGUUAACAUCUUUCCAGUUAAUCACUUCCAGUUUGUUUUUGCAAUCUGACAAAAUUAAAUUCUUAAUUACAUAUAUGAAAUGCUUAGCAGAUAUUGCACAUUCUGUAUAUGUAAUUAAUAUUUAAAUAACUUAUUUUUGCUUUUUUUUCAUAUAAACUGUAAUUAGCUGUACUAUAUGAAUAGCAAUACCUUCCUGCAUAAUGCAUAUUUGCUUUAGCCAGUGAGGAACUACAGUAUGUAUUGUAAAAUAUGUGUACAAAUUAUUUUAUUUGGUUUUCAUCUACCUAAUGAUUGUCCAUACAGAUUUGCUUGUGUAUUGAAACAACAAAAGUAAUGUCCAUAGCUAUUUGUCAUUCUGAAAUAUAAUAAAAUCUGUUUCUUGCCAUA